CUAAACUUUAAAAAAAUUGUAGUUGCUGUGUAACAUGACUUGAGCCACAUGAGGCACUCUGAUAACUGAUAAAAUGAUAGAUUAUUUAUAUUUAAUUAGAUCUAGACCUCUAGUUAUAGAAAUCUAGUCUAGAUUUCUAAAGUCUGUGCAGUUUUGCGAUAAAUUAAUUAAAACACAAUGAGGACCGUUGCUCUGAUAAGUGGUGGCAAGGACAGCUGCUACAACAUCAUGUGUUGCAUAGCAGAAGGUCAUGAAAUAGUGGCUCUUGCAAACCUUCGACCUGAGAAUAAAGAUGAGAUAGAUAGUUACAUGUAUCAAACAGUUGGACACAUGGCAGUUGAUCUGUAUGCUGAGGCUAUGGACUUGCAACUGUUUUCAGGCAUCAUCAAGGGCUCAAGUGUGUGCACCGGCAGAAGUUACCAGCCCAGUGCGGAGGAUGAGGUGGAAGACCUAUUUCAGCUGCUCCAAACCAUUAAAGAAGAGAAACAAGUGGAGGCUGUCUCUGUUGGUGCCAUCUUGUCAGAUUAUCAAAGAAUAAGAGUGGAACAUGUGUGUGAACGUCUUGGUCUGACAGUAUUAGCUUUCCUUUGGAGACGAAAUCAGAAAGAACUGCUUGAAGAGAUGAUAGCAUGUGGUAUUAAAGCCAAAAUCAUUAAAGUGGCUGCCAUGGGUUUGAAUCCAAAGGAUCACUUAGGUCUUGAUCUGGAUGAGAUUUAUCCACAUUUAAUUGAAAUGAACAGCAAGUAUGGACUUAACAUUUGUGGAGAGGGUGGUGAAUAUGAAUCUUUUGUUUAUGACUGUCCAUUAUUUAAAAGGGAAAUAGUUAUCAAUAAGACAGAGACAGUCAUCCACUCUGAUGAUGCUUUUGCUCAAGUUGGUUACCUCAAUUUAUUGGAUUGCCAGCAUAAAGAUAAAGACUGGGAUAGCUCAACAUCUCUCAAAGAAAAAAUAAUGAAACUGCCAAUGAUGACAACUGAGAAGUGGCUAGCACGGCAUGUGCCCAAUGAUGAUGCAGAGGUUAGUCAGGAUGGAGCAGGAGACUCUGGGUUGAUGGGAAUGGUGAUGUGUGUACCUGAGCUCCACACAUCAGAUUAUGCUCCUGUGACCUCCACAGACGGGACACAUUUUGUGGUCUCUGGAGUGAAAGCUUUUCUUUCUGAAGGUAUUGAUAUAAGUGUAGCAGUCAUGGAAGCAUUGUCUGUUUUAAAAAAUUGCCUAAACAGUAAAGAUUUGAAGGUUAGUGACAUUGUGUCAAUGUCCUUGCUGGUAGGGGACAUGACCCAGUUUGCAGAAAUCAACAAAGUGUAUAAAACAUUUUUCUCUUCCAACCCACCUGUCAGACUGUGUAUACAAGCCAACUUACCUCGUAAUAUAGCCCUACAGCUGGACUGUCAGGGAAGGAUACAGCAGCAGAAAGACGAGGAAUUGUCUGACAGAGUUGUCAUGCAUGUUCAGUCAUUGUCCCAUUGGGCACCGGCAAACAUUGGCCCUUACAGUCAAGCUAUAUUGACAGGAGAUAAACUUUAUCUGGCUGGAAUGGUGCCUUUGGUCCCCGCCACCUUAGAAGUCAUUAAUGGUGGAAUCAAUUCUCAGUGUUCAGUUGGGCUACUGCAUGUAGAGAAUGUCAUGUCCGCAAUGAAAGAUGGCUGUACAUUUUGGUCCUGCCCGCUGGUCAUGUGUUAUCUGACUAAACAGGAACAUGUCAGGCAUGCAGAAGAAGAGUGGAAGAAAGCUCUGGAGUCAUCUGCUAUAAAUAUGGAACAGCCCAAACUGACUCCUAGUGUUCAAUAUUGUGUUGUUCCUGCACUACCCAAGAAUGCUCUUGUUGAGUGGCAUACCUACGCUUGGCCCAAUAUUGAUUUGCAGGAGGAUGUCACAGAAAUCAAUAUUCUACAACAGUUUGAUAAUUACAAAAUCACUUCAAGCGCUGUUUUUUACAGAGGAAAAGUGGAUUUGUUUUCUUGUCACAUAUCAGUGGAUUUGGGCUCCCCAAAAGAUUAUAGCCACAUUGACACUAUGCAGAUGGUCAAAGAAUUGCUGUUGGAAUACUUUAAAGUAUUGGAGAAAGGAGGCAUCACAGGCAUGACACCACUAGUCAAAAUUGUUUUCUCACCUACAAUGUUCAACUAUGGGAUACUUUACAAAUGUUUUCAGUUGAACCUUGAACAUCUUGGAGUCUCCUGUAAUUCUCACCCUUUAACACUGUCUUUAGUUCCUGUGGAAGGUUUGAGCAACCGACAACAAGUUCUUGCUUGGUGCCAGUAGGCACCAGAAACAUCAAAGAAUGAAUAACUAAAGAUGUGGCCUGGAGACAAAUAUGACAAUGUUCUCAACAUUGGGCCACUAUGUUACAUCAUGCAGAAGUACACUUGUCAAGCAACCAAUCAAAUGAAAUAAAGAGUGCAAUAAUGA